AGUAAAUGAAAUAAAAUCAAAACAUAUGUUUGUGACAGAGAUGCAGGUUUGAUGUUGUUGUUUCCAAUCGGUGGCAAUGUGAUAUGGCAUUACCGAAGGUGGAGGGCUAUGCCAUUGUUGAGAAAAUAGGCGCUGGAAGUUAUGCUUCAGUAUAUAAAGCGUUUAAAAAAAUCCAUUCUCUGAGGAGGUGUAUUGCACUGCAUAUGAAACAGAGGAAACAAGAAACGACCCAAAGAAGGUUUUGCAAAGAAACGCAUGGCAUAUAUGGUUCACCUGUUAACAGAUUAAAAAAUACUCGACAAGAAAUGAGACCUAAGACUGCUCAUCUCAUUGUUUCCACAGAUUUUGGUUUUGCCCAGUACUUGUCACCUGAAGACUACAACAGCUCUCUCCGAGGUUCACCUCUGUAUAUGGCACCUGAGAUGCUGCUGAAACGUCACUACGACGCCUCUGUUGACCUGUGGUCAGUCGGUGUCAUAAUGUAUGAGUGCCUGUUUGGACGGGCACCUUAUUCAUCCAGUAAUUUUAAAGAGCUAGCAGAAAAGAUAAAGAGCGAAAUGCCUAUUGAGGUUCCUCAUGGUGGGUGCAUUUCAGAUGACUGCAGAGACCUGCUUGUUAGACUUCUUAAACAUAAUCCCUCUGAGAGGAUUGAUUAUGAGUCCUUUUUUAAUCAUCCUUUCCUUGACUUGGAACACAUGCCAUCACCAGAAUCCUAUCAGAAAGCUGUGGAGCUGGUACAAAAUGCAGUGAAAUGUGAUGCUGAACAGAAAUUCAAUGAGGCAUUUGACCUUUAUUGUGAAUCCUUGAGGUAUUUUGUUCCUCUUGUGAAUGAUGAAGAUGAUACCAAGAAAAAAAUAGCCUUUCGUAAUAAGGUAAAUGAAUAUAUAAGACGAGCAGAAGACCUGAAAACUCUUCUGUACGAGAAAGAAAACAACUGCAAACAUCCCAAGGGUCAACAUACCACAGAUGGAACUUUAGAAGAACUAAUGCGAUUGUGUGCGACAAACUCCACAAUGCAAACCGCUCUGGAAAUUGGUGCUUCUGCAGAGCAGUAUUUGAAAGAGGGACAGUACUCACAUGCAUUGGAAAAAUUUCAAUCUUGUCUAGGUUUACUUGUGCCACUGCUGAGCAGUGAACCAAAAGGAAGAAGACGUGACCUCUUACAUACACAAGUGCAGCAGUGGUUAACACAAGCUGAAAACAUUAAGUCUUUCUUAAAUCUCAUUAGUAUUACCGAUGACACAGCAGCACUUUCUAAAGAAGCCUGUAGUAUACAAUGAACUUCAUUUGAUGAGAACCGAUGGAGUGUUAUCUAGUUACAUCCAGCAUUCUUUUGAAACCACAAAUUGAUACCACAAAGUAGGACACUUUAUAAAGCUUUCAGAAUUGUCACUGAUGGUAAUUCUUUGGGGAUGACAACAAUUUUCUUUGUAAGCAGUGUUUCUUUUAUACUUAUCAAGUGAAGUUUGCUGAACUGUAUUGUUCCUUCUACCUACAAUGUGUUGCAAGAUACAAGACUAAUAAAUACUAAAAGUUUUAUUUAUAAAUGGUAACAGACUGUGUGUGUUUCAUGAAGAAUUUGAAAUAUAUAAAAAUUACUAUGAGGUGUGUCCAGCAAGUGCCAUUUCCUUCUACUGCCCUGCAGCACUAGUGUUGCAGUUCCAUGCAUCUCUCAGGUUCAUUGUCUUUCCACUGGCAUCAUUACAACUGGAUUGUGUUGUAUUUACAUUUGUUAGAGGUCAUUCAAAAUGUUUAAAGACAGUCUCUGAGGUCACAAACUGUGAAGUGCAUUCUGUAAUAUGGUUUUUUUAUCAAAAAGAAUGUUAAGCCAGCUGAAAUUUAUCAUCAGCUUGUAGACACUUAUGGUGAAAAUGUAAUGACUGACAGAAUGGUGAGAAAGUGGGAAAUGAUUCAAUGUUGGAUGAACCAGUGCUCAUGACUAAGCACAGUGCGGACGGCCUCCUGUUGUCAGUGAUGGUUUGGUUGAGAAAGUGAAUGAAAAAGAUUCAUGAAAAUAAGACUAUUCAUAAUACGAAUGCUUUGUGAUUAGUUUCCUAAAAUUUCAAAAAUCGAUUUGCUUGAGAUGGUCACAAAUUGUGUACUGUUGGUUUUCGAGAAUGCUUACAGAUGUCCACUAAAUGAAGUGACUUGGCAGUGCUUUGAAAUUUAUUACACAAUGAUGAGGGAGACGAAUUCUGAAACAAUUGUGACCAGUGAUGAAACUUGGGUUUUAAUGUCGCUCUAGAAUCAAAAUGACGGACAACAGAGUGGAGGCAGUCAUGAUACUACAAAACACAAAAAUUCAAAACAUUGUCAGCACGAAAAAUUGUGCACAGUGAUGUGAUAGACAGGGCAUUCUGCUUGUUGAAUUCCUUCUCAAGAUGUGAAACUGUAAAUGCGAUACGAUACUGUGAAACAUUGAGAAAACUUCGGCAUUGCUUCAUUCGAUCACCCAUCGUACAGUCCCAAUCUCACACCUAACUUACCACUUGUUUUUGAACUUGAAGUGUGAUUUUGGAGGAAGGCGCUUUUGACAAUGACGACAAGGUAGAAAACUGUGUAUAGCAGUGGCUGUCUUCACUGGUGAUAUCUUUCUCUGAAGAGGGCAUAGAAAAGUUGGUUUCCCACUGUCACAAAUGUCUCAACAGUGGUGGCAACUAUAUAGGAAAAUAAUUUAAGAAAUGCGUUCUUGAAAAGUAAGUUUUGGUAUGAAAAAAAAUGUUUGUUUACUUUACGGACAUGCUUUGUAAUACGAGACACAGAGAAAAAUAAAAAG